AUGCUCGUCUCUUCGCUAGUUUUUGCCGCUUUGUCGCUGCUCCAGGGCGUGCACGGCGCUGCGGUUGCCGCUGAGCCAGAGCCGGAGAUUCUGACGAUCGACCUCGGCGAGAAGAUUGCGAGCAUGAACAUGACUGCGUUCGAGGAAUCUAUCGCGCUUGAGUAUGGCGAAUCAGAGAACACCCUCGAGAAGCGCGCUGAAGUCGUCACCUGCUACAACGUCGGCACGAAGAUCGACCGCAAGUAUGCCAUUAUGGCGAUUAACGACUUUUGCAACGUCGUGAUGGGGAAAUACUAUUCCAACAACCAGGAAUUUGCGAUCCGAUACACAUUCGGAAACGAGGUCCCGCAGAGUUUCUUGACGAGUCUCAAACCUAUCAAUAACUGUGGUGGCUUUACUGUUGAUCACAACUGUGGCCGUUUGCUUCGAUUGCCUGUCGAUCAAUGCAACACCGGUGGCGAGAACGGCAAGCAAGGCGGAUACAUGACCGAUCCCUGCGGCACCUGGCGUUCCGACCCUGGCAGAUGGCAAAGCGAUUGCCCCUGGUGCCGAAACCAGUUCUACCGAGACCUUUCUCGGCCCUGCUCUGUUUUGCCACCUAUAGCAGCGGAGACGUGCUAUGCCACUGCGAUGAUCAACGCCCGACAGGCGUGCAUUGACAACGGACAGUGCUGCCUUGGAUCUGGGCUUGGACCUGAGCACAACAACUGCAACACUGGACCCAACGAUUAUUGA